AUGGCUAUCAAUCAGAGCAGCUUCACUCCACGUGUUCUUGCUGAUCUAUCCCUGCUCUUCUGCAUGCUGCUUGCACCUGUAUGUUUAGCCACACCAGCCACAACACCUGCUGCUCUCUUGCAAGUGAAGUCCGGCCUCACUGACCCUGGAGGUGUCCUCUCCGGCUGGUCACUGGAGGCCGACGUGUGCUCAUGGCAUGGCAUUACAUGCCUGCCCGGGGAGGUGGGCAUUGUGACAGGCCUCAACCUGUCCGGGUACGGCCUGUCAGGCAUGAUACCGCCGGCGAUCAGCGGCCUCAUCUCCAUCGAGUCCAUUGACUUGUCCUCCAAUUCCCUCACUGGGCCGAUCCCGCCGGAGCUUGGCGUGCUGGAGAACCUGAGGACGCUGCUCCUCUUCUCCAACUCCCUCACCGGCACCAUCCCGUCGGAGCUCGGUCUUCUCAAGAACCUCAAGGUGCUCAGGCUCGGCGACAACAGGCUGCACGGCGAGAUCCCGCCGCACCUGGGCAACUGUUCGGAGCUGGAGACGCUCGGCCUGGCCUACUGCCAGCUGAAUGGCACCAUUCCUGCUGAGCUUGGCAGCCUGAAGCAGUUGCAGAAGCUGGCCCUGGACAACAACACCCUCACCGGCGGCAUCCCGGAGCAGCUUGCUGGCUGUGUAAGCUUGCGCUUUCUGUCAGUGGCUGAUAACAUGCUGCAAGGCAACAUUCCUUCGUUUAUUGGGAGCUUCAGUGAUCUCCAGUCUCUUAAUUUAGCAAACAAUCAGUUCUCCGGUGAGAUUCCGGCGGAGAUCGGCAGCCUUUCCAGCUUGACAUACCUCAACCUGCUCGGCAGCAGCCUGACCGGCGCCAUUCCGGCAGAACUGAACCGGCUGGGCCAGUUGCAGGUUCUGGACUUAUCCAUGAACAACAUUUCUGGAAAGGUCAGCAUCUCUGCAGCACAACUGAAGAACCUGAAGUACCUUGUGCUGUCUGGCAAUCUCCUUGAUGGCGCCAUCCCUGAAGACCUCUGCGCCGGCGGCUCAUCAAGCCUGCUGGAGAACCUGUUCCUCGCUGGCAACAAUCUUGAAGGCGGCAUCGAGGCGCUGCUCAACUGCGGUGCUCUCCAGUCCAUCGACGUGUCAAACAACAGCUUCACCGGAGUAAUACCGCCGGACAUUGACCGGCUGCCUGGCCUCGUCAACCUUGCUCUGCACAACAACAGCUUCACCGGUGCACUGCCGCGGCAGAUAGGGAACCUGAGCAACCUGGAGAUUCUGUCUCUGUUCCACAAUGGCCUCACCGGUGGAAUACCGCCGGAGAUCGGCAGGCUUCAGAAGCUGAAGCUCUUGUUCCUCUACGAGAACCAGAUGUCCGGAACCAUCCCUGACGAGCUCACCAACUGCACGAGCUUGGAAGAGGUGGACUUCUUCGGCAACCACUUCCAUGGCCCUAUUCCCGAAAGGAUUGGGAACCUCAGGAACCUGGCCGUGCUUCAGCUCCGGCAGAACGACCUGUCCGGCCCCAUUCCGGUGAGCCUCGGUGAGUGCAGGAGCCUCCAGGCGCUGGCAUUGGCAGACAACCGGCUUACCGGCGCGUUGCCCGAUACGUUCGGGCAGCUCGCCGAGCUCAGCGUGGUAACCCUGUACAACAACUCCCUCGAGGGCCCCCUGCCGGAGUCGCUGUUCCAGCUCAAGAACCUCACCGUGAUCAACUUCUCCCACAACCGGUUCGCCGGCAGCCUCGUCCCUCUUCUCGGCUCGAGCUCGCUCGCCGUGCUAGCGCUAACCGACAACAGCUUCUCCGGCGUCAUUCCAGCGGCGGUCGCCCGAUCAAGGAACAUGGUCCGGCUCCAGCUUGGCGGCAACCGGCUCACCGGUGUGAUACCGGCCGAACUAGGCAAUCUGACAAGGCUCAGCAUGCUUGACCUUUCGCUCAACAACCUCUCCGGCGACAUCCCGGCGGAGCUCUCCAACUGUGUUGAGCUCACCCAUCUGAAGCUCGACGGGAACAGCCUGACGGGCACCGUCCCUGCAUGGCUCGGCAGCCUCAGGUCACUCGGCGAGCUCGACCUGUCGUGGAACGCGUUGACUGGAGGCAUCCCGCCGGAGCUGGGCAACUGCUUGGGCUUGCUGAAGCUGUCCCUCAGCGACAACCACCUCAAUGGAAGCAUCCCGCCGGAGAUCGGCAGGCUGACGUCUCUGAACGUUCUGAACCUGAACAAGAACAGCCUCACCGGCGCCAUACCGCCGGCGCUGCAGCAAUGCGACAAGCUAUACGAGCUGAGACUGUCGGAGAACUCGCUGGAGGGGCCGAUCCCGCCGGAGCUCGGGCAGCUCUCGGAGCUGCAGGUGAUACUGGACCUGAGCCGGAACAGGCUCUCCGGCGAGAUCCCGGCGUCCCUCGGCAGCCUAGUGAAGCUGGAGCGGCUGAACCUGUCGUCCAACCGGCUGGACGGGCAGAUACCGUCCUCGCUGCUGCAGCUGACGAGCCUGCACCGCCUGAACCUCUCCGACAACCUCCUCUCCGGCGCGGUGCCCGCGGGGCUGUCGAGCUUCCCAGCGGCGUCGUUCGUCGGCAACGAGCUCUGCGGCGCGCCGCUGCCACCGUGCGGGCCGCGGUCGCCUGCUAGGCGGCUGUCGGGCACGGAGGUGGUCGUGAUCGUUGCGGGCAUCGCGCUGGUCUCGGCGGUGGUGUGUGUGGCGCUUCUGUACACCAUGCUGAGGGUGUGGAGCAACUGGCGGGCCGUGUCGGUGUCCAACUCCGACGGCGAGGAGUCGGCGCACGGUGGCCACGGCGGCGGUGGUGGGAAGUGGGGCGACGGCAAGUACUGGAAGGUCGGGUCGGCGGUGUCUUGGUCGGCGGAGCAGAGGCACAGCUCCGGGUCCGAGACCGCCAGCGUGCUCCAUGACAAGUCCACGGAGGCUGCCGGCGCCGGGAAGAGCUAG